UUCCAUUCGACUUUUUCAACCACCCAAAGCUACCUAAAUAACAGCCACUCUCGCCCUCCCGCGGGGGCUGCUCUCUUCUGCACUCUCCAGCGCUCCCCAAUUCCUCCUCGCCCCCAACCCGAUCGCGAUUGGAUGAGUAAGCUAGCGACUCGACUCGUCAAAUCGCCACCGGCUUCGCUCCGGUGCGCCGUUGAUCUCUGCAGCACGCAGCGCUUCAGGCUGUUUAAAUCGGUUUGCGGCGCGAGGUCAGGUGCUGGAUCCAUGGAGAGAGCGAGGCUCACACCGUUCCCGAGGGACCAGGCAACAACCAGGAUGUGCAUGGUGUCUAGCUUUGCUACAGAAUUGCUUGAGAUAAGGUCCAAGGAGCCAUCUCUCCACGUGCUGCUUAUUCCCGGAAAUCCAGGCAUUGUUGCAUUUUAUAAGGACUUUGUCGAAUCUCUCUAUGAAAAUCUCGGUGGGCAAGCAUCUAUUACAGCGAUAGGGCAUGUUUCACAUAGCCAGAAGGAUUCUGAGCACGGACGGUUGUUUUCAUUGCGAGAACAAAUUGACCAUAAGCUUGAUUUCAUUGAACAAGAGCUUCAACAUUCUGAACAAUCAAUUGUUUUGGUUGGUCAUUCAAUUGGUGCAUACAUAGGCCUGGAAAUCUUCAAAAGACUUCAGAACAAGAUAAAAUUUCUUGUAGGACUCUAUCCAUUUUUAACGUUGAACAAGAAUUCUGUAAAGCAAUCAGCAAUUGGAUAUAUCGCAAGGUCAUCACUCCUUAGUAAAGGGAUCAGUUCAUUUGUAUCUUUCAUCGGGUCACUCCAAGCUUCAAUUACGAGGGGCAUUGUGAGAAGGUUCCUUGGACCUUCAUGGUCUGUAACAGCUGUUGAUGCUGCAUGCUGCCAUCUUUUAAGGUACCAUACAAUGCGCAACGUUAUUUUCAUGGCAAUGACAGAGUUCCAAAAGCUUACUGAAGAACCAGACUGGACAUUCAUCAGAGCAAAGGAGGACGAAAUUGCUUUUCUAUUUGGUGUGGACGAUCACUGGGGUCCACUAUCUCACUUAGAAGAGAUAUCAAAGCGUGUACCCGGGGUUGCCUUAUCGGUUGAAACAGAAGGGCACACACAUGGCUAUUGCUGCACAGAGGCUGGAUCCUUUUGGGUUGCGGAGUACGUCGCAAAUUUGAUUAAAAGCCAGAUGCUAACUAGAAACAACUGAGGUUCAUUUGACAAAUGUAUUAUACAAUUCUCUUUUCAUAAGGCAAAGAGUAGCUGGACUGUGAUGGAGUUACUUUGACAAUAGGGAAGUUAAAAUUUCCAUUCCCAUAGUCCACAUUGUUUGACUUACUCUUUCAAGGGUUCUCUUUCAAUAGUGAUUCACCUCUUCUUCGA